GCUAUUUAGACGAAAGGCACUACAAAAGUAAAAAAGUAAAAUAAGGCACAACAAAGGUAAAAAAGCUAACUCGGAUUCAGCAAUGUUCUCUAGCAAGGCUAGUUUGUUUUCUAGGAUGAAAAGCCAUAGGCCUAAUACUUCAUCAAGAGGCCCUUUUGUUCAGAGCAGGAGGAGUUUCUCAAGAACCAGAUGUCACUCGGCUUUUAAAGGUUAGAUUGAUCACUGCCAUUAUUUUGCGAUUUCAGUCCACAAACCUAUAGAGUUUUUCAAACCAACAAGUUAAAAAUAGGAUAUUUAGCCUCAUCGAAUUAUUGUUUUUCUGUAAAAAAUUAUAUAUUUAGCAUAAACAUUCGUGUAGCCAAUAGGCCUAAAAAUCCAUUAGUAACAUAACAUAACAAAAUAGUCAUACAGCGGGAUUUGGGACAGCUUUAGACUGAAUAUUAAACCUAAUAGACUUAGUACAUGCUUCAUAUUAAAUCAAAUCUGCAAAACAGACUCAAUAUCAGUUAGCUGAAUAGUUUACAUGAAUUCGACUAUACCUGAGUGUAAAACUUUAUUGUAAAACUUUCUUUUAUAUGUACAUAAACUGCAAACAUGGUAGCUGGCUAUUGGCUAUUGGCCAAUUACAGGUUUUGAUAUCUGUCUAGAUCUGUUUCCUGGGAGUUUUAAUUUUUUCCCUUAAUUAUAUUUCGAAUAUCGUUAGGCCCUGUAUCUAUUUUGAAACCGUAGUGAAAAAUUACAACACAGCUACGAAGGGACAACCAAUUGAAUGAUUAACAGCAUUGUGAAUGAAAAAAAGAGGCUCAUGUGAUUUUAGACCCCCCCCCAAAAAAAUGACGGGAUAGCAAAUGAUACAUGGACAGUCUGUCAAUUACUCGUGUAAAGAAUCGGAUAGCAUUUUAGAUGCAUUCCAGGACAACAUUUUGCCUUACUUAAUCAUUUCCACAGAAGAUAUUUGGCCAAACAGCUGUCUAAACAUUUUCCAAGUAGCCAUAACUCUAUAUUGCAGCCAAACAUGACGUUAAAACUUGCAGCUGAAGUUUACAGCCAAACGAGAAUUUCCAUCAUAGUUCAUUCCAAGUGUUCUACACCUUGUAAACUAGGUCAUUGUUCUCUUGACUAUUUUCUCCUGUUGUCAUUCAUGCCCCUCCUCAAACUUUUGAGGUUUACCUGUUGGUCUAAACAUUGUGUUUGAAAUGGAAUUGGGUAUUUCAGUAUUAGUGGUGGUUGUAUCUCUGUUACCCUAACGAUUAUUAUCAUUACCCACACCAAAGUUAUAAUUAUUUUACACAUACGUGUGUAUCAGAUUGAUGGACGCUUGUGACAGAAGUGUUUUGUCAUGCAAAUAGGAGGCGUUUGAUAGACGACUGCAACGCCCAGACAAACUUCUGUAGGUAUCUUCCUAUUGGUUCUAAGUGGGUCACAUGAUGUGUCACUUAGGUGAUAUGAGCUUGGAAGGAACUUUUUGGAGCUUUGACGUACGGCCCAGAGGUUGUAGGGCACGGACAGAAACCAUUAACGAGGAUAGAUAGGUUGCCAUCUAUUCAGCCUGAACAACGCAAGGAUGAACUCGUACCUUGAUUAUACAAUUUACAAUCGCGGGACUAACGGCUUCGGUUCCAGGGUUGGAUGCCACCCAAUGGAUCAGGGAUGCAUGGCCUCUUUAUCUCCAGGCUCUUGCUCAACUAGUGAUAGUUACAGUACCGACGGACGGCUCGUCUUAGGUGCGAACUCUGCCUCAGCGCUACAUCAGCACCAAGGCACGACGUUCCCACAUCACCAGCACACACCGCACCACGUAAAUCUUGAUCUUCAAGUGGUUUCGAGUGGAAACUCUACUUAUGGCGCACAGGUUUGCCCCAACGUAGACUACGGACACCAUCAGUACGUUUUGGGCCAAGAGCAGGAGCUGAUGUUCUCCACAUCUGGAUUCUCCGUCCCAAGUAUGGGAGCAAAUGUUAGCUCUUACGCCCAGGCAGCCUCUGGGUCAGUGCCUAGUAGUCAGUAUCAGACAGCUCGCAGUGGAGAGCAGGACCCACCGCAAGGAUAUAACAGCAUUUACUCCAAAUAUUCACCUACCCAAAACAAUGACAGUGAUCUGAAUUGCAAUUCAGAACAAACUCAGUUUGGGAAGACUUUCGACUGGAUGAAAGUUAAGAGAAACCCCCCCAAAACAGUUAAAGUCUCUGACUACGGAAUCCAGGGACAACAGAAUAUCAUCCGGACCAACUUUAGCACUAAGCAACUGACCGAGCUGGAGAAGGAAUUUCACUUUAACAAGUACCUGACAAGAGCUCGCAGAGUGGAGGUUGCCGCCUCUUUAGAUCUGAACGAAACACAGGUUAAAAUCUGGUUCCAGAAUAGGAGGAUGAAGCAGAAAAAGCGUGAGAAAGAAAGUAGGCCCUCUGUCGCUCUCGUGAAAAGGGGAUCUCUCAGCGACACAGGAAACAACACGGAUAACUCGACCACUUCGUCCCCAAGUGGGUCACCAAGCUCGGACGCACCACUUAUAAACUGAAUAACCAAGCAAGUUACACAAGAGUAUAAGGACAUUUAUAUUAUUUUUUGGAUAUCAUAGAAGUAAAACCUUCUGACUUUUACCUUCUAAAAGUUGGGCCUAUGGGAGACAAAAUGGGUUUGAAGUGCAUAUUUGUAAGAUGCAAGAUGCUUUGGUGUUUGAAAUUGUGGGAAUGAGGCUCCCAUUGAAGCUAAAUACAGAUUGCACACUAUGUUUACAUGUAAUAUUGUGUUGUUUACUUGGUUGUGUUCUGCACAUUGUUACACUGUUUGAGGUAGCUUGGUACUGCUUGGGAUGUAUGCAAUGCUCAGUGAGACCGUUUGCACUACAUGCUGUAUUUAGGUUGUGUGUGUGUGUGUGUGUGAGUGUGUGUGUGUGUGUGUGUGUGUGUGUGUGUGUGUGUGUCCAUGUGCUUGUGAAUUAGAAGGAGAGAGCUGGAGAGAGAGAGUCUGUGUAAUCAUACACAUGUUCAAGUGACCAAACUGAAAAUGAAUUUUAUGAAAAAAAAGAGACUUGUAAAUAAACUGUAUUAUUUUUAAGACACUGUUAUCUUACAUUCUUUCACUCUACCCACAAAGUAUGCUGCUUUGAGCAUCAAGAAAUGAGGCAUUUCAUUGAGUCAA